AUGAUCGAGAAAAUGGGGUUCGGUGAGGUAUGGAGAAAAUGGAUGGAUCUUUUGAUUUUUCAAAGUAAAAUGUCAGUUUUAGUUAAUGGUAGUCCAACCAAGGAGUUUGUGGUGGAGAAAGGUUUGAGACAAGGUGAUCCUCUUUCGCAUUUUCUCUUUGUUUUGGUCGCGGAGGGAUUAACGGGGUUAGUUAGGAAACCCAUGGAAAUAGGGGAAUAUUGUGGUUUCGAAGUUAAUGAAAGAUGUAUUGUUGAUAUUCUCCAAUUUGCAUAUGAUACUUUAUUGGUAGGGGAAGGUUCUUGGAAGCAUAUUUGGGAUUUAAAGUCGGUUGGAGAGUUUUUGAACUUGUUUCGGGGCUAG